ACAAGCAAACAAUUAUACAGCUAUUUAAUAAUACCACCUUAACAUGUGACAAGCAAACAAUUAUACAGCUAUUUAAUAAUACCACCUUAACAUGUGACAAGCAAACAAUUAUUAGAAGACAGAGUAGAAGAAGUAGAAGUAGAAGGAGUAAAAGGAGAAUAAGAAGGAGUAGAAGAAGAAGGAGUAGAAGUAGAAGAAGGAGUAUGAGUAGAAGAAGAAGGGGUAGGAGAAGGAGGAGUAAAAGAAUAAGAAGGCGUAUAAGUAUAAGGAGUAGAAACAGAAGGAAGAGUAAAAGAAGGAGUAGAAGAAGGAGGAGUAGAAGGAGUAUUACAAGUAGAAGAAGGAGUAGAAGAAGGAGGAGUAAAAGGAGUAGAAGAAGGAGGAGUAUGAGUAGAAGGAGGAGUAAAAGGAGUAGAAGAAGGAGGAGUAUGAGUAGAAGAAGGAGGAGUAAAAGGAGUAGAAGAAGGAGGAGUAUGAGUAGAAGAAGGAGGAGUAAAAGGAGUAGAAGAAGGAGGAGUAUAAGGAGUAGAAGAAGGAGGAGUAUGAGUAGAAGAAGGUGGAGUAGAAGAAGGAGGAGUAGAAGAAGGAGUAGAAGAAGGAGGAGUAUGAGUACAAGAAGGAGGAGUAAAAUGAGUAGAAGAAGGAGGAGUAUAAGGAGUAGAAGAAGGAGUAAAAGGAGUAGAAGAAGGAGUAUGAGUAGAAGAAGGUGGAGUAUAAGGAGUAGAAGAAGGAGGAGUAGAAGGAGGAGGACUAUGAGUAGAAGGAGGAGGAGUAAAAGGAGUAGAAGAAGGAGUAUGAGUAGAAGAAGAAGGAGUAGAAGAAGGAGUAGAAGGAGGAGGAGUAUGAGUAGAAGAAGGAGGAGUAAAAGGAGUAGAAGAAGGAGGAGUAAAAGGAGUAGAAGAAGGAGUAUGAGUAGAAGAAGGUGGAGUAUAAGGAGUAGAAGAAGGAGGAGUAGAAGAAGUAGAAGAAGGGGUAGAAGGAGGAGGAGUAUGAGUAGAAGAAGGAGUAAAAGGAGUAGAAGAAGGAGGAGUAUGAGUAGAAGAAGGAGGAGUAAAAGGAGUAGAAGAAGGAGUAUGAGUAGAAGAAGGAGUAUGAGUAGAAGAAGGAGGAGUAAAAGGAGUAGAAGAAGGAGUAUGAGUAGAAGAAGGUGGAGUAUAAGGAGUAGAAGAAGGAGGAGUAUGAGUAGAAGAAGGAGGAGUAAAAGGAGUAGAAGAAGGAGUAUGAGUAGAAGAAGGUGGAGUAUAAGGAGUAGAAGAAGGAGGAGUAGAAGAAGGGGUAGAAGGAGGAGUAUGAGUAGAAGAAGGAGGAGUAAAAGGAGUAGAAGAAGGAGGAGUAUAAGGAGUAGAAGAAGGAGGAGUAAAAGGAGUAGAAGAAGGAGUAUGAGUAGAAGAAGGUGGAGUAUAAGGAGUAGAAGAAGGAGGAGUAAAAGGAGUAGAAGAAGGAGUAUGAGUAGAAGAAGGUGGAGUAUAAGGAGUAGAAGAAGGAGGAGUAGAAGAAGGGGUAGAAGGAGGAGGAGUAUGAGUAGAAGAAGGAGGAGUAAAAGGAGUAGAAGAAGGAGGAGUAAAAGGAGUAGAAGAAGGAGUAUGAGUAGAAGAAGGUGGAGUAUAAGGAGUAGAAGAAGGGGUAGAAGGAGGAGGAGUAUGAGUAGAAGAAGGAGGAGUAAAAGGAGUAGAAGAAGGAGGAGUAUAAGGAGUAGAAGAAGGAGGAGUAAAAGGAGUAGAAGAAGGAGUAUGAGUAGAAGAAGGUGGAGUAUAAGGAGUAGAAGAAGGAGGAGUAGAAGAAGUAGAAGAAGGGGUAGAAGGAGGAGGAGUAUGAGUAGAAGAAGGAGGAGUAAAAGGAGUAGAAGAAGGAGGAGUAUAAGGAGUAGAAGAAGGAGGAGUAAAAGGAGUAGAAGAAGGAGUAUGAGUAGAAGAAGGUGGAGUAUAAGGAGUAGAAGAAGGAGGAGUAGAAGAAGUAGAAGAAGGGGUAGAAGGAGGAGGAGUAUGAGUAGAAGAAGGAGGAGUAGAAGGAGUAGAAGAAGGAGGAGUAGAAGGAAUAGAAGAAGGAGGAGUAGAAGGAGUAUAAGUAGUAGAAGAAGGUGGAGUAGAAGGAGUAGAAGAAGUAGAAGAAGGUGGAGUAUAAGGAGUAGAAGAAGGAGGAGUAGAAGGAGUAUAAGAAGGAGGAGUAGAAGAAGGUGGAGUAGGAGUAUAAGAAGGAGGAGUAGAAGGAGUAUAAGAAGGAGUAGAAGAAGGUGGAGUAGAAGGAGUAGAAGAAGGUGGAGUAUAAGAAGUAGAAGAAGGUGGAGUAUAAGAAGGAGUAGAAGAAGGUGGAGUAUGAGUAGAAGAAGGAGGAGUAGAAGAAGGUGGAGUAUAGGAAGAAGGAGUAUAAGGAGUAGAAGGAGAGAGCUGACCUUCUAGUGCCUCCAACUCCCUCCUAUGAAAAGACAAAAAUGAUACAAGAUGAUUGACAUAAUACAUUUAUACUGUCAAUCAUUUUUAAUCUGAUUAAUCACACUUUUGACAUGUGACUCAUCUGAGUACACUCCAUGUUUGCAUGAUCCAUCUGAGUACACUCCAUGUUUGCAUGACUCAUCUGAGUACACUCCAUGUUUGCAUGAUU